AGCUUGCCGUGCGUGAUCUAAAGUCAGACAGGUAACGUUAUCCGUUGUUAUUUUAACACCGUCCUUCGACAUAUAGGAGCGUAAUCGUAAACUAAAAGCAACACGUUGGCUUUGUUUUUUAGUUAACGUAGUCGGUGCCGCGACGCAAGCGUACGCCUUGUAUCGUUUUCCCAUUGACGGGAGUUCACGGGAUUGAAUGAAUUAACGUUAGCAAACGGAAACCACAGUCUUUCUCAUCCGCUGCAUUCACCUCUUUUCUCCAUAAACACUCGCUGCUGCUGCUUUAUUAGUGUGCUUACGAGCGCUUGCAGUUUAAUUCAGGAAUAAAUCAGAGUCUGUGUGAGUUAACUUAGCUUGCUCGCUAGCUCUGAGCAUCUGAAGCCAAACCGCCGCCUGUUAAACCCGCACCUCUGACCAUCUGAAAGACAUUUGUUUCGCGUGGAAGAAAAACACGACGCAAACAUGCCGGCUGUGUCGAAGGGAGACGGGAUGCGAGGAUUAGCUGUGUUCAUCUCGGACAUCAGAAACUGUAAGAGUAAGGAGGCAGAGAUCAAGCGCAUAAAUAAAGAGUUGGCUAACAUCCGGUCAAAAUUUAAAGGAGACAAGGCAUUGGAUGGAUACAGCAAGAAGAAGUAUGUGUGCAAGCUGCUCUUCAUCUUCCUUUUGGGCCACGACAUUGACUUUGGCCACAUGGAGGCUGUCAACCUGCUCAGCUCCAACAAGUACACCGAGAAACAGAUUGGAUAUCUGUUCAUCUCCGUGCUGGUGAACAGUAACAGUGAACUGAUCAGGCUGAUCAACAACGCCAUCAAGAAUGACCUGUCCAGCCGAAACCCCACCUUCAUGUGUCUCGCUCUUCACUGCAUCGCCAACGUGGGCAGCCGAGAGAUGGCCGAGGCCUUCGCCGGAGAGAUUCCUCGCAUCCUUGUGGCUGGGGACACGAUGGACAGUGUAAAGCAGUCAGCUGCUCUCUGUCUGCUCCGUCUGUAUAAGACCUCCCCAGACUUGGUGCUCAUGGGAGAAUGGACCUCUAGAGUGGUGCACCUGCUCAAUGACCAGCACAUGGGUGUGGUGACUGCUGCGAUCUCCCUGAUCACCUGUCUCAGCCAGAAGAACCCUGAUGAGUUCAAGACCUGUGUGUCGCUUGCUGUGUCACGACUCAGCAGGAUUGUGUCUUCAGCCUCCACUGACCUGCAGGACUACACCUACUACUUUGUUCCUGCUCCAUGGUUGUCCUGCAAGCUGCUGCGUCUUCUGCAGUGCUACCCCCCGCCUGAGGACGGUGCCGUGAAGGGACGGCUGGUGGAGUGUCUGGAAACUAUCCUCAACAAAGCCCAAGAGCCACCCAAAUCCAAGAAGGUUCAGCACUCCAAUGCCAAGAAUGCCAUCCUAUUUGAAGCCAUUUCUCUCAUCAUCCACUAUGACAGCGAGCCGAAUCUUCUUGUGCGGGCAUGUAACCAGCUGGGGCAGUUCUUACAGCACAGAGAGACCAACCUGCGCUACCUGGCCCUGGAAAGCAUGUGCACCCUUGCCAGCUCUGAGUUUUCCCAUGAGGCGGUUAAAACGCACAUAGAGACAGUCAUCAAUGCCCUGAAGACUGAGAGGGAUGUUAGCGUGCGUCAGAGAGCUGCUGACCUCCUCUACGCCAUGUGUGACCGCAGCAAUGCCAAGCAGAUUGUCGCCGAGAUGCUGAGCUACCUGGAGACAGCCGACUACUCCAUCAGAGAGGAAAUGGUACUGAAGGUGGCCAUCCUGGCGGAGAAAUAUGCAGUCGACUACUCCUGGUAUGUGGAUACCAUUCUGAACCUGAUCCGCAUUGCUGGGGAUUACGUCAGCGAGGAAGUGUGGUACCGCGUCAUCCAGAUCGUCAUCAACCGUGACGAUGUGCAGGGAUAUGCAGCCAAGACAGUCUUUGAGGCUUUGCAGGCUCCGGCGUGUCAUGAGAACAUGGUUAAGGUUGGAGGCUACAUCCUGGGAGAGUUUGGGAACCUUAUUGCUGGUGAUCCUCGUUCCAGUCCUUUGGUUCAGUUUAACCUGCUCCACUCUAAGUUUCACCUGUGUUCAGUCCCCACACGUGCCCUGCUGCUUUCUGCCUAUAUUAAGUUCAUUAAUCUGUUCCCGGAGACGAAGAGCACCAUUCAGGAAGUGCUGCGCUCCGACAGCCAGAUCAGGAACAGUGAUGUCGAGCUUCAGCAGAGAGCUGUGGAGUAUCUCAAGCUGUCCUCCAUCGCCAGCACCGAUGUCCUGGCCACAGUGCUCGAGGAGAUGCCUCCAUUCCCAGAGAGAGAGUCGUCUAUCCUGGCCAAGCUGAAAAAGAAGAAGGGACCAGGAGCCGUGUCUGUGAACGAGCUAGAGGAGGGAAAGAGAGAGGGAGGAGAACUCAAUGGAGGAGGAGAGAGAGGAGGGGACAACUCUGCCAUUGCCACAUCUAACGCUUCCACUCCGUCCCCGUCUGCCGAUCUGCUGGGGCUCCGCGCGGGUCCCCCUGUCACCGCCGCCGCUCCCAGUGCAGGCAGCUUAUUGGUUGAUGUUUUCUCAGAGGCUGGCGUCAAUGAUGAUGGCUUCCUGAGAGAUCUGGAACCGCCCACUGAAAGCUCUGACUCCCUAUUGGCUGAGGGUCCUGGUGACUCUGACUCCGCUCCCCCCUCUGUGGUCUCUGAAGAUCCUGCUCCUCCUCUGCCCGAGUCAAACGAACUGCUCAACAAGUUUGUUUGCAAGAACAAUGGAGUUCUGUUUGAGAAUCAGCUGCUACAGAUCGGCAUCAAAUCUGAAUAUCGCCAGAACCUGGGGCGGAUGUAUCUGUUCUAUGGCAAUAAGACGUCAGUGCAGUUUGUAACUUUCUCAACCACAGUCACCUGCCCAGGAGAGCUACAGUCUCAGCUCAAUGUUCAGUCUAAACCGGUGGAGCCUCUCAUAGAAGGAGGUGCUCAGGUGCAGCAGGUCAUCAACAUUGAGUGUCUGACUGACUUCAGUGAUGCACCACUCCUCAACAUCAAGUUCAGGUAUGGCGGAGCUCUCCAGAAUCUCACCCUCAAGCUGCCUGUUACCAUAAACAAGUUCUUCCAGCCCACAGAGAUGGCAUCACACGACUUCUUUCAGCGCUGGAAACAGCUCAGCCUGCCUCAGCAAGAAGCACAGAAGAUCUUCAAGGCCAACCAUGCCAUGGACACUGAAGUGCUCAAAGCAAAGUUACUGGGAUUGGGCAUGGCUCUCUUGGAGAAUGUGGAUCCGAACCCAGAGAACUUUGUGUGUGCUGGAGUCAUCCAAACCAAGGCCCAGCAAGUGGGUUCUCUGCUGAGACUCGAGCCCAAACGCGCAAGCUCAGAUGUACCGAUUAACCGUGCGCAGCAGUAAGGACACUGUCUCCAAGCGUCUUUGUGAGCUGCUGGCAGAACAGUUCUAGAAAAUGAGCCGUGACUAGCACCAUCUAGAACCGACACCCAGACCAGACCAGCGUUCCACCUGAGAGACCCCAGAAUUAAGAAUCUACAAAACACAUUCAUGCAUAAGGGAAAAAGUAGCUGUCAGCCUCUGGCAGCCAACAUUACUGUCCUUCUGAUAAUGAUUAUUAUUAUUACUGCUGUUAUCAUCAGCGCUGCCCUUUCUUGUUUUUAUCUGUUUACCUGUGUGUGAGCAAUGGAGCGAAAGGAAGCGUGCAUGUGGGGUUUUUUUUCGUACAUGUGUGAAAGAGUCAUGGUGAUAGUUCUGUUCUCCGUCCUCCUGCCUGUUCAACGAUCAACUCUUGUGCUUGUGUUGAUAGCUUGUGUGUGUGUGAGUGUGUUGUGGGCUGAGAGGGGAGGGUCCGCAAAGUUUCAACCGCAAAAACUGCACAUUAGCUGUUUCUUUGGAACAUUCCCUAUAAGAUUAUUUAGCAAGACAAGAAAACACAAUCUUAUUACACUAACGCAACGGCACUUCCCUAAAAGAGGCCAGAAUCACUAACCCCCAUUGCUUUCUCUCUCGUUUUCUUCCUCAACUGAAUUUGGUCACAUCCAGAGCCAUUGGUGCACAUAGAAAAUGUAAAAAAAGGAGAGAUUCCACGUGCAUUUCCAGUUUAUCGCACCGUACAUUCGUUCCUUCCCAUGUAGAAACGGCCAGUGCACUUUAAGAGGCUUUGAGAGGAAAGGCUUUUUUUUAUAGUCCCACCACCUUUUUUCCUGUUCUUGUCCUAUGUUUUCAGUACUCGUCCUGACCCCCACAUCUGACAAUGUUUAUUGAAAAAAAAAAUCUAUAUAUAAAUCUAUAUAUAAACCAUGUAAAUGAUUACCCUUCAUGGAUGCAUUUGUAUGUCUCUUUCUUGUUUUUGAUUGUGGUAUAAUGUUUGUGUGUUUGUAUGCUUUCUUAAAUGGUCUAAUGUUUUUGCUCUUGUUUUGGACAUUCCAUUCUUUACUAUGAGUGAAUGGGCAUAACGUUUCAGGUUAGUCAUGCAGUGUUAAAAGAACUGGGGAGGAAGGAACUAGAAUAAGAAAAAGGAAAUGAAGCAGAGAGAGGGUCAGGUCCGCCAGUGUGUGAUUUUCUGCACAUGAAGAGUGCAACUGUUGUGGACCUUCAUGUAAAUGUUUUUUUUUUUUUUUUUGCAAUAUUGUUUAAAAAAAAAUCAUCUGAGGACAAGAUCUUUCAGCACAGUUAUUGACUGAAAUAAAUAGUAGAUAGUGGAUACCUCAUUACUACUAAAUGGUUACACAACAAACACACACACACACACACACACUUUUAACUUGAGUGGUGAGUGACCAGAGCUGGAGAUCCAUAUUUUAUUUUGCAGCGAUAAAACCUGGGAAAGCACUUAGUUUAUGAAAAGUCAUCACAGGCACGCAGUUGAACACACAUUCUUAGGCUUCGAGGACAAGGCCUUAAGAGCGAGCACUGGACCAAAGCAGCACAUACAGGGAUAAUAACGAUUUUGGUCAGCAUUGUUUGGUGAGCGAGUGUGUGGUGUUAUUCUGUGUGGUCCUUGUGAAAAAUAUAAUGGAAUUUAUAAGUACAGCUGGGGGUCACACUUUUCUCGAUGCAGUGAAGCAGUACUGGGGACAUCAUUGUAGUUGAUCAGAGUCACAGUCAUGGUGUGUGUGUGUGUGUGAUUCUGUGUUUGCGUGUCUAUGCAGUAUCCUCUAGCUAAUGCAGCCCCGGUGUAUCGCUGUUCAUCCUGUCAGAUACCUGUGUUAGAUUAAAUUUACUCUGUACUGAAUAAUGUGAAAGUAAAAUUAUGCCAUAUACUCGAA